AUGGCUGUGUCUGAAUCAAAACGGAUAAAUAAAAAGAAGAUACUGCAGUUGUUUUUUCCUUUCUUCUCUCGUUCCCGAGAUCGAAGUAAAAUCAAAUAUGAAUCUCUUGAGGUGGGAAAAAAUCUCUGGCAAGCCAACCAGGUGUCCAAAGAUGAGAAUGACACUUUUAGGAAGGAGAACAAGUCUCUCUGGAGAGAAAACAAAGCUCUUCGAGGGGAAAGCGAAGCCUUUCGAAGGGACAACAAGUUAAUCCGGGAAAGGAACCAGCUCUUGCAACAGCAAAAUCAGGUACUCUGGGACCUUAAAAAGACGACCUUGGAAAACCAAAAAUUAUCUAAAGAAAAUGUCAAGGCCUUGAACACACAGAGAAAGUCAAAUCGGCAACAGAAACGAGCCCGGGAGGCUCAUAUCAAAGCUCUCAAGCAGCAGGAGAUAGCCUUCCAGAACGAGGCCAGAGCUCUGGACGAAGAAAUGAGGUCUCUGAACCAGGAGAUCAGAGCCCUGCACCACCAGAAGAGAGCGAUCAACAUGGAGGUGCAGGCCCUGGUGAAGGAGGGAAUCGCCCUAGGGAAGGAGGAAGAGGCCCUGUGGAAGGAGGAGCGGGCCCUGCGUAAGGAGAACAAGGCUCUGAGAGAAGAGCAUCGUGCUCUUCAGGAUGAGGAAAGAGCCCUGCUGGGGGAGGCCUUAGUCCUUCAGUCAUGGUACAACUUUCUUCAGGAAAGUGAUCUCAAAAGUUUUCCUGGGAAAAAGCACAACAAUGAAAUCCAGCAGAGGGGUGACUUGAAGAUGUGA